CCUAAAUCCAACUGCAUAGGUAUAAAAUCAUAAAAUCCUUCGCUUGCUUUCUCCCAGUCCGCGGGCUUUGUAUUCAGGUCUAGGGUUUCUUAUCCCCAAAAGCGGAUAGACAAAGAUCGUCGUCGACAUGACUUUCAAGCGAAGAAACGGAGGGAGGAACAAGCACGGUCGUGGGCACGUCAAGUUCAUCCGCUGCUCUAAUUGUGGAAAGUGUUGUCCUAAGGACAAAGCUAUAAAAAGGUUUGUAGUGAGAAACAUUGUUGAGCAGGCUGCUGUUAGAGACGUACAGGAAGCUUGCGUCUAUGAUGGUUACAUGCUUCCUAAGCUGUACAUCAAAAUGCAGUACUGUGUUUCCUGUGCUAUUCAUUCUCACGUAGUGAGGGUUCGAUCUCGCACCAAUAGGAGAAUCAGAGAACCUCCACAGCGCUUCAGACGCAGGGAAGACAUGCCAAAGCCUGGUGGUGCUCUUGGUCAAGCUGGACGCCCUGCUGGAGCACCAGUUGCUGCCCGGGCUUAAAUGUUCUCUGGUUCUUCGCCCAUUCGAUUUGUAGGUUUUGUGCAAGGCCAUUGGUUUUGAUGCUUUAAUAAUUAUGCAAUAUAGUAUUCUGUCGCCUGAUUCCAUGUUAAAGUGCCCUCUUUUCUAUAAAGCCAACUCUAUGAACUUUUGGUCUACAGAGUAAGCAAUCUUAUACUUUGAUGUUUAAACAAUUGGUUCUUUGGCCUACGCGAUUAGCAAAGAUUUUGAUACUUGUGUAAUUGUGUUGGUUGAUAUUUUUAUGAGAAAGAACAUGCGCCGUUUGUCAA